CCUCGUGCACUCGGGGCUGCAAAUGGCUCAGUUCUGGCGACCCGGUUCGGCGCGGCCCCGAGCAAGCCUCAUCGACGACGAAGAGGGCGGUGUUCUCUUCCUCUCUUCUCCGGCUCCCUCCUCGUCGUCCGGGUUCGGGUAUUCGAGCUUGGAACGGCAGCGGCAGAGACUGCCCGUGUUCAAGUACCGCGAUGCCAUUCUUUACUUGGUGGAGAAUCACGCCACCACCAUCAUCGUCGGCGAGACCGGGAGCGGGAAGACUACUCAGAUUCCCCAGUAUCUUAAAGAGGCAGGCUGGGCUGAAGGUGGUCGAGUAAUUGCUUGCACUCAACCUAGACGAUUGGCUGUGCAGUCAGUUGCAUCACGAGUUGCUGAAGAGAUGGGUGUCAAAAUUGGAGAAGAGGUUGGAUAUACCAUUCGGUUUGAAGACCAGACAAAUCCUGGUGUGACUAUGAUAAAGUUUCUCACUGAUGGGGUACUGAUUAGAGAAAUGAUGGAUGAUCCACUAUUAACUAAGUAUAGUGUCAUCAUGGUAGAUGAAGCUCAUGAGAGAUCUAUAUCAACUGAUAUGUUAUUAGGCCUCUUGAAAAAGAUCCAACGACGGCGACCUGAAUUGCGCCUAAUCAUAUCAUCUGCAACAAUUGAAGCGAAGUCCAUGUCCAACUUUUUCCAAAAUAGAAAGAAGGUUCUUGAGCAUUUUGCCAUGGAUAGUGUCCCUAAUCAGCUUCCUGCCAUUGUUUCUGUUGAGGGUAAAGGGUAUACAGUGGACAUUUAUUAUGUUGAAGAGCCGGUGUCUGACUAUUUGCAAACUACUGUUGAUACUGUCUUGUUAAUCAAUGAAAAGGAGUCGCCUGGAGAUAUUCUGGUUUUCCUUACAGGUCAAGAUGACAUUGAUGCCGCUGUAAAGUUAUUGACUGAUGCUACCCAUGAUGAUAAAAAACGCUCAUCAGGGUUGUUGAUUUUGCCACUAUUUUCGGGGCUUUCACGUGUUGACCAGGACCUUGUUUUUGCUCCUACUCCGAGGGGGAAAAGGAAAGUUGUUAUAUCAACUAAUAUUGCAGAGACUUCAUUGACUCUAGAGGGUGUUGUAUACGUUGUGGAUAGUGGAUUCUCUAAGCAACGAUUUUACAAUCCGGUUUCUGACAUUGAGAGCUUGGUGGUGGCACCAAUAUCUAAAGCUUCUGCACGGCAGAGAGCAGGUCGAGCUGGAAGAGUACGACCUGGAAAAUGCUUUAGGCUAUAUACAGAAGAUUACUUUUUGAAGGAAAUGGCUGCGGAUGGAAUUCCAGAAAUGCAAAGGUCAAACCUAGUCUCUUGUGUGAUACAGUUAAAGGCAUUGGGCAUAGAUAAUAUAUUGGGCUUUGAUUGGCUAGCUUCUCCACCACCAGAGGCCAUGGUGCGGGCUCUUGAAGUUUUAUACUCUCUCAGUAUUGUUGAUGAUGAUGUCAAACUCACAUCACCAAUUGGUUAUCAGAUAGCUGAGGUUCCAAUGGAUCCUAUGGUAUCCAAAAUGGUAUUAUCAGCAUGUGACUUGGGUUGUUCUGAGGAGAUGACAACUAUAGCUGCUUCUCUUUCUGUUCAGUCCAUUUGGGUUUCUGGGAGGGGAGCGCAGAAAGCAUCUGACGAAGUGAAGCUACGUUUUGCUGCUGCAGAGGGAGAUCAUAUUACAUUUCUUAAUGUCUAUAAAGGAUUCAUUAACUCAGGAAAAUCAUCACAGUGGUGUUACAAAAACUAUGUUAACUACCACGCUAUGAAGAAGGUUGUGGAUGUCAAGGAACAACUCUGCCGCUUGUUGAGACGAUUUGGUUUAGCGCUCAAAUCAUGCGAGCAAGAUACACAGAUUCUAAGAAAAGCCAUAAUUGCCGGGUUCUUUGCAAAUUCAUGCUACAUGGAGGAAUACAGCCACAAUGGAUUGUACAAGACAAUUAGAAGUUCUCAAGAAGUAUACAUUCAUCCUUCCUCUGUACUGUUCAGGGUUAACCCUAAGUGGGUGGUCUAUCAUUCCCUUGUGUCAACCGACAAGCAUUAUAUGCGCAAUGUUAUUGCAAUUGAUCCAUCCUGGCUUAUUGAAGCUGCACCACAUUUCUACCAGACGCGUUCACCAAACCUUGCCCUUUACUGAUAGUAAGACGAUAAGCUUUUUGGAUCUUGUGAAGCCGAGAUGCAACAAACAGACAUGAGAGACAUGCGAUGAAACCAAUCAGAAAUCUUUGGGGCAUUAGUUGUUUAAAGUUCCAACUGUAGUUUCAAUGAUACCACUCUAUCAAGGAAAUGAAGGCUUAGCUAAAAUUGUGUACCAUGAGAAAGCGAAGUCAUCUCCCCACAGAAUGAAAAGAAAGAAGAGAGAGAGAAGAUACAUAUUGAUAACUUUUAUACAUACAAGUAUAUUUUGCAUGUAUAUUUGACGGUUUUUUUUAUUUAGAUGCCUUUUUUCACAUUUGAAUAUAACUAGUUGUCACCGUGAAUUUUCUUGUAAUACAUUUGAAAUCUUAAAUUUAUUGUCUCCUAUUUUGUAAAA